AAAAAAAAAAAAAAAAAAAGAAAAAAAAAAACAGCACCAAGUAUGAACUUAUCUUUGGGGCUCAGGGAAAUCUUCAAAUGAAGGGAAACAGAAAUAAAAGGCUAAUGAGAGCAUAAUCCUUACAGUUUUGCAUUCAGGGGAUUAAGUUUGAAAUGUACUUUCAUUCGGCCAAGUUGAAUCUACUUGUAAUGUGGGUCAAUUCAAACAGUUUCAUCAGUUGCAAUGUAUGAAAUUAGUUAAAUUUUGUCACACCUGAUUGAAACAGGACAACUGAGGCAAAUCAUUGCUACUCUAAACUUUGUGUAUAUAAUUAAAUCCUUCUUUCUUACAUCUUGCUUUGUUUUUGUAGAAUGGGGGUAAAAACUGCAUAUCUCUUAUCUACCUCAGAAUAAUAUUGUAACAUGUGUAGAAUAUGCUUUUAAUUAAAAAUCUUUGAAGAUACUAUGUAAACUCAAGGAAGUGUAAUCUAAGGAUUUUUUCCCAUUUCUUGUAUAAGUUAAGGCAGCCACAAGUUAAAGAACAAUACAAAUUCACCUUUAUAUUUCCUUCACAAGUGGAUGUUCCCUAUGUGUCAGUGGGAGUCUAUGAACUUCACUACGUUGGCAAAACAAAGGAGUCUGCUUGACCUGGCCAUAGGUCACAGUACAGAGGAUGUUGUCUUUAAAAUUAGCAAUGUAUAUUUUAAUCGCCUUCAAAUUGUUAUGUGUAUGAUAUUUUCCUGUUUUUUCUUCAACAUUCAUCCUGUAGAUUUGUAUUUCCUCUGAUAAUCUCGCCUUUCAAUGACUUUGUCUUCCUCUGUCUUCUCAGUUGCUUUUCUCUUCCUUCUCUCCCUUCCUUCCAUUUCUAGUCCCUCUCUUUGUCCCUCGGCCUGCCAUGUGUUCCCUUCCACCUUUCCCAGUAACCUCUGCCUUCCCACUGUCUGGCUGUCCUCCGCUCUCUCCUUGUCUUAUAUUCUACCCUGCUCUGAUUCACCAAGUGCACUUUGAAGAGACACUUGGGGCCAUGAGGGCUGUGAUCCAUGGUACUGGGUGAUGCCAAGCCCUGCCUGUCUAGCUGGAAGAGUAAGUAGGCAGGCCUCUCCAACCUCUUCCAGCCUGUUUGUGUAACAGUCUUGUUAUAUCUUAGCUUCAAUAAUAAACAGUGUUGAAGGUGCUUUUCCAAAAUCAAACACUUCUUAUUAUACCUUUAUGCUUACUGUAAAUAUAAAUAAUUAUUGAUUGAUUACUGUGGUAGCACUAAGGCAGUACAAGGGAGGGAGUAAUACCAAGGCAGAUUUAUCCAAAUGGAAUAAAUAUUUUAUUAACCCAUAAAACCAGCAAAUCUAUUAGUACUCAAAGUAUAAAACAGCUUUCCUGGCCCAAUCAGUUUACUUUAUACCACGCAUCCUAAAAACAGUUAAUAAAAUAUACAACGUAUUUAUGAUUUUUUUUAAAAAUGCAGCCAUUAGAAAUUAUAGUUUUCCUCACAAUCUUAUGCUUUUUCCUACUCAGACCUACUCAGAGCCUUUCCAUUGCUGACACCAAAUACAAGGACAAAUGCCUUACUCUGAUGUUUGUGAUCAAUUGUAAUUUAGAUCUCUGAGGAAAAUUUGUACAGUGACGUAUUGAGGAAUGAAUGAACAAGCAAAAAUAAGAUUUCCUUUAUCUUAUUUUCUUAAGAAAGCUCUUCUUAGUUACUUUUCCUCUUGAAUCACUCUUUGCACUAAUAAAUGGUAGCUUUUUCCCCAUCCAAAUUCUAGCAGGAUUAAUGUCCAAAGCAAAGCCUUAAUGAGGACUUACAAGUAAAUAUAACUGCCUCUCCUUCACAGCGAAUUAAGUAACAUAGUAGCAUUUGAAACAAUACAUACAGUGCCUGUAGCUCACUUUUUCCUCUAAUUCAACCAGAUUCAUCAGAGAUAAUCUUUACAACACAUAUUUAGGAGUAUUCGGACUCUUCUUCACAAACAAGUCAGCCAUAAAGGCAAAAGAGAACAAGUAAACAUCUACACCCAUGGAAGCCAAGGAGAGGCUGUGGGCCACAACCUGAUGUGAGCAUAGGAGCUGGACUGGGGUGAGGAAGUUCACACAGAGGGAAUGAGCUCACACAAGACAUUGGAGCCUAAGCAGGGUGAAGAUAGGGACCACAUGGUAUGGUGAUGGGAUUAUGACAUGAGGAGCCAGAGCCAAACAAGGCAAGAAGGACUUGAGUGAGAUGGGCUUUGAAUUGCAGGGAAACCCACAGUGAGGAGUUCAAGUUCCAGAAAGUUCAGAUGUCUGGAGUUUGAGGAGAGUAAUGGCCAAGCAAUGAGGUACUAGAAACUGAGAAUGAAUGAAGAGGGAAUGUAGAGAUGCCCUCUACAUCAGGAAGGGAGAAGCAGAGACCGAAGCUUGGUUACCACAGGUGCAUGGACCAAGCCAAAAAAUAUCUAAGUGAUAACAGGACCCAGGUUCCUCAUUACUGGGGAAGGGAGUUACAGAUAUUCAGAAGGAGGAAACUAGAAUUAACUCUGCUUUUGAAUUAGUAUUGAUGGGAAUGCAUGGUUUUCAAUAUACAGACAGAUUUAAAAAUAUCUAAAGCAGUGAUGGCAAACCUUUUAGAGCUUUCAGUGAUAACAAACAGCCUGCUGUGGCAUGUGUGCCAUAGAUUUGCCACCACUGAUCUAAUCACCACUGAUCAUGUUUUUCUCUUUAUUUAUCCAUACAUACAUAGAUAAGGGUGUAGAUAUAGACCCUGACUCUUCAACUCAGAGGACCUGGGAGCAUCAACACCUUACUAUGGACUGAAUGUACCCUCCAUUGAGCUGUGACCACCAAGUGAUCAAAAAUGAGUGAACAGGCAGAUAAAAACAAUUCCAUUCAAGAGGGACACACAGAUCAAAGUUCUUCAGAGAAAAGCUGUCAAAUUGGACAGAAGCAACUGCAACAAAUAGAGCGGCAGCUAAAAUGCCUGGCAUUUCAAAACCCUGGACCACAGGUAGCAGACUUUAAUCCUGAAACAAGACAACAGAAAAAGAAAGCACGGAUGUCAAAAAUGAAUGAAUAUUUUUCUGUAAAGUACAAAGUUAUGAAGAAGUAUGACAAAAGUGGCAGGCUGAUUUGCAAUGAUGUUGAUCUGUGUGACUGUCUAGAGAAGAACUGCCUGGGCUGCUUCUACCCCUGCCCCAAGUGCAACUCCAACAAGUGUGGGCCCGAGUGCCGCUGCAGCCGCAGAUGGGUUUAUGAUGCCAUUGUUGCCGAAUCUGGAGACAUCAUCAGCUCACUGCCAUUUAACAUUCCUGACUAAAACCUGCCGUGUGUAAAUUGAUUUGUUUCUUCUUUCUAUAUAUGUAAGAUAACCAUUUUCCUUUGGGAAAAUUUCAGGGUUGGAACAAAAUAUUGGAAAAACCUACUUAAAACUCAUGUUCUUUUAAACUACAGAAUGAUGCAGAAUUGGCAGUAAUUCUAUAAACGUCUGUAUCUUCUCAAAUUCCUUAAUUGAGACUAAAGGAUGUGAAAGUGGAUGGGUCAACUUCUCUCCUCAGCCCACCAUCUCCACUCUGCUGUCACAUUAAAAAUCUCUCCCUCUUGUCUGGUGUCUGAGAAUAAAUAGUUUUAAGAUUUUCAGAACUCUGUAGCUGAGAGCUUUUCUUACAUAGAACAUAGAACCAUAAAUGUAUGAUACCUAGUUAUCCUUAGAAUAUUAUAUAUUUCUAGUCCCAAGUCAGAACUGACAUUUGAAUUAAAAGUAAUCCUUGUGCCUUGGCACUGUAUAAAC